AUGGCCGCCCCCGCCGCCGCCAGCCCGCCCGAGAUGGCCUCGGACCUGCCGGGAUCGGUGACGCUGCCCGUGGCGCCCAUGGCGGCCGCCGGACAGGUGCGGAUGGCCGGGACCGUGCCCGCCCGCGGAGGGAAGCGGCGAUCGGGGAUGGACUUUGACGACGAGGACGGCGAGGGCCCCAGCAAGUUCUCCAGAGAGAACCACAGUGAGAUCGAGCGGCGGCGGCGGAACAAGAUGACGCAGUACAUCACGGAGCUGUCGGACAUGGUGCCCACCUGCAGCGCGCUGGCCCGCAAGCCGGACAAGCUGACCAUCCUGCGCAUGGCCGUGUCCCACAUGAAGUCCAUGCGCGGCACCGGCAACAAGUCCACCGACGGCGCCUACAAGCCCUCCUUCCUCACCGAGCAGGAGCUGAAGCACCUCAUCCUGGAGGCGGCCGACGGGUUCCUGUUCGUGGUGGCGGCCGAGACGGGCCGUGUGAUCUACGUGUCGGACUCGGUGACGCCGGUGCUGAACCAGCCGCAGUCCGAGUGGUUCGGCAGCACCCUGUACGAGCAGGUGCACCCCGACGACGUGGAGAAGCUGCGGGAGCAGCUGUGCACCUCGGAGAACUCCAUGACAGGCCGGAUCCUGGACCUGAAGACGGGGACCGUGAAGAAGGAGGGGCAGCAGUCCUCCAUGCGCAUGUGCAUGGGCUCCAGGCGCUCCUUCAUCUGCAGGAUGAGGUGUGGGAAUGCUCCGCUGGACCACCUGCCGCUCAGCAGGAUCACCACCAUGAGGAAGCGGUUCAGGAACGGCCUGGGGCCCGUGAAGGAAGGGGAGGCCCAGUACGCCGUGGUCCACUGCACCGGCUACAUCAAGGCCUGGCCGCCCGCAGGAAUGACCAUCCCCGAGGAGGACGCUGAGGUGGGGCAGGGCAGCAAGUACUGCCUGGUGGCCAUCGGCCGGCUGCAGGUGACCAGCUCCCCCGUGUGCAUGGACAUGAGCGGGAUGGCGGUGCCCACGGAGUUCCUGUCCCGGCACAACGCCGAUGGCGUCAUCACCUUCGUGGACCCCCGAUGCAUCAGCGUCAUUGGCUACCAGCCCCAGGACCUUCUGGGGAAGGACAUCCUGGAGUUCUGCCACUCGGAGGACCAGAGCCACCUGCGGGAGAGCUUCCAGCAGGUGGUGAAGCUCAAGGGCCAGGUGCUGUCCGUCAUGUACCGCUUCCGCACCAAGAACCGCGAGUGGCUGCUGCUGCGCACCAGCAGCUUCACCUUCCAGAACCCGUACUCGGACGAGAUCGAGUACCUCAUCUGCACCAACACCAACGUCAAGCAGCUCCAGCAACAGCAGGCCGAGCUGGAGGUCCAUCAGAGAGACGGGCUGUCCUCCUACGACCUGGCCCAGGUGCCGGUGCCCAGCCUGCCGGGCGGCGUGCACGAGGCCGGGAAGGGCGUGGAGAAGGCCGACACCAUCUUCUCCCAGGAGCGCGACCCUCGCUUUGCUGAGAUGUUCGCGGGCAUCGGAGCCUCGGAGAAGAAGAUGCUGGGCCCGGCCUCAGCGGGCAGCCAGGCCCUCUACUCCCAGGGCGGCCCCUUCCCGGCCGGACACACGGGCAAGGCCUUCAGCUCCUCCGUGGUGCACGUGCCCGGCGUGAACGACCUCCAGUCCACGUCCUCCUCCGGCCAGAACCUGCCCCAGAUCUCCCGCCAGCUCACCCAGGGCCAGGUGGCCUGGGCCGGGAGCCGGCCGCCCUUCCCCGGACAGGCCGGCAAGGCCCAGUCGUCCCCGUUCGGCAUCGGGACCGGCCACAGCUACCCGGCCGACCCCGCCUCCUACAGCCCGCUCGCCAGCCCCGCCACCUCCUCGCCCGGCGGCAGCGCCUACUCCGGCCUGGCCAGCAGGACGCCCGGCUUCGCGGAAGGCGGCCAGGCCGGCGGCCAGUUCCAGGGCCGGCCCUCCGAGGUCUGGUCGCAGUGGCAGAGCCAGCAGCACCACGGGCAGCCGAGCGGCGAGCAGCACGCCCACCCGCAGCCCGGCCAGACCGAAGUGUUCCAGGACAUGCUGCCCAUGCCGGGGGACCCCGCCCAGGGCACCGGCAGCUACAACAUUGAGGACUUCGCGGACCUGGGCAUGUUCCCGCCGUUUUCCGAGUAG